AUGUUACCAAGGUCUGCCGAAUGGAUCAAUGUUCAUUGUUUCUUCAUCCUUAACGUUAAUGAGUUACUAAUUGAUACGAGAAAUGGAGUAGCAGCAUGUAUACUUGGGCGAAAUUUAACAGACCGUCCAUUCUCGUCACAGUUUCCACCCCCGUGGACUGCUCGUGUUGUUCAUUUGACUGGCGUGUGUGGGUGGGAGUUUUGUUAUCGAGCACGUGUAAUAUGUGGAGGUGAUUUCAAGCUGUACAUGAGUGUGGCUGUGGCUGUCUGUCGAAAUGAGGUACGGAAUAUGCCAGCCGCGGGGCAUCCUGCUUAUAAUUGUGGUACUUAUUCAUUAAAUCGUCGAGCAUUUAGGCAUCUGACAGGAACAACUUAUCAUCAUAUGGUGCGACUUUAUUUAUCGCAGCACGUUGGUCUUUCUACUGAUUCCGAUUAUAAUAACCCUUUUUACAGGGAAGAAGAUGGAUGGGGUUUGGGAAGGGAUUUAGAGCUAAUGUUCUCGAUAUCGAGCUAG